AAGGUUUUCAUCUAAAUAACCCCUCUAAGCCUCCUGACUGGAACGAGCCCAGCUCUGGUAACCACACCCCAGCGAGACAGUUCCAGCUCGGCACGGGGAAGAGGCGGAUGCGGGCAGGAACGAGCGGCUCCAUCUGCGUUAGUCACUCCAGGACUUUCUCCUGCCUGGCGUGAGGGUGGGGAGGGGGUACCUCCGUGCCUUGCCUCUACUUCCUACUCUGUGAUGUGAGGCACAGGCAUGCUCAGUAGCUGGUGCCUACCCCUCCUAUCUCAGCAACAGUGCCUACAACACUAGGAGAUUGCUUGCAGCAGGAGCGGAGAGCAGGAAAGCCAUCUUUGCUGGAGAGGGAGGCAGCAGCCCCUGAGCCGCUCGGCACCCGCUCGGCUGCACGCCAUGUCUGCUCCAACUCCUAGCCAAGGUCCCACCAGUGCUGGGGCUGCAGGGCCACCUCCUGCUACCAGUGUGUCAAGUAACAAACGGCUGCAGCAGACACAAGCUCAGGUGGAUGAGGUGGUAGACAUCAUGAGAAUGAAUGUGGACAAGGUGCUAGAAAGAGACCAGAAGCUAUCAGAGCUUGACAACCGGGCAGAUGCAUUGCAAGCAGGUGCUUCACAGUUUGAAACCAGUGCAGCCAAACUGAAGAGAAAAUAUUGGUGGAAAAAUUGCAAGAUGAUGAUCAUCCUUGGUGUAGUAUGCGCAGUCAUUCUCAUUAUAAUUAUAAUUUAUUUCUCCACUUGAAAAAGUGAAGAAGGAAGACUUGGCACAACUUUGUUCAUAUCAACCAAUGAUAUCAGUGUUCCUUUGUUGAACUCCGCUUUUUAAUUCCCGGUGUCUUGGGAUUUUUGCUUGUAAUAACCCAUAAGCAUUCGGUGUGGUGUGUUUUGGAAUUCUGUUGUUUCCACAAGAAACUGUACCAGCUAAAUACUGCCAAGUAGUUCCAUACACUGUCUUAUACUGUGUCUUAAAAUGUAUAUGUACUGACCUUCAGAAACUGUAGUAUAUGAAAAGCAUCCUAAACAUCUCAGAAUCAGAGAAUGCAGCUAUGGGGAAGCUCCUCCUUAAAGGGACACUGUCAGGUGGAUUGGACCCAAACCUAAGGUCACAGCAAACGUUAGGGCCAAAACUUUCAAUCUGAGCACCUAAAGUUGGAUAGCAAAAUCCAAUAUCAGAUGUAACUUUUGGAGGUAGUAUCUGGUACUCCCCUUCAAUAGAGUAGUUACCAACAAGUAUUCAUGUAAGAUGACUUAUUUCAACUUAGCCAACCAAACACAGAUUUUGUGAGAUUAGUUGUGGUAUCCAAGCAUCCAAGUCUAAAUACAUUGCCUGCAGGAACGUAAUAGAACUUGAUUAUUACCUUUUAUAGUUUUAAAUUUUUCCUUAUUGGGUGUUCUGUACAACCAGAAUGGCCUUGAUAUAAAACCCAGAAACAAAAUAGUAUUAGAGAAAAAACAAACAAACAAACAAAAAAAAACCCAAAAAACCAAAAGAACAUUAGCUAGCACAAUCUUGAAUAAGCCAAGUGAAAUGCAGAAAUGGUAAUACAAGUGUCAUUAAUGACCAAGAUCCAGACUCUUGCUAAAAACUCAAGGUACAGUGUGUCAGGCUUCAUGGGACUUUCUUGAAUGCAAAUCCCCAAUACUUGCAGUCCUAACUUAAAGCACAUGAACAACUUUGGCUAUGUCUGUGGCUUCCCAGCACACUUGUAGGAAGCUACCUCUGCACAGUUUUGCAGAAGUGGUCCCCACUGCGAGGACCAUUAAAAAAUCAGGAAGAAGAAGGUAUUGGCAAAUAGAGGGAACAGUGGAGAGAGGCUGAGAAAGGGAAGGGUGCCUAGCAAAGUUAUCCUGGAGAAGAGGAAGACAGAGAAACACUGUUCCAAAGUGGUGGUGUUAAUAGGUUUUUUAAACUUUGUGUGUGUUUAUAGUUCAUGAACUAUAGUGUGGUUUUUGUGAAGUGCUCAGCUGAGAUAGUUUUCAUAUUCAAUUAUACUAACAUUUGAUGUAACUAAGAGAAAUUAUAUAUUGCAGUUUUAAAGUUCUUGUAUGCUACUGUUGUAGGGUUUCUUCCAAAUGCUGAAUUCCUUGUUUUUUCUCUUUUAAGCACUGAAUAGUUUAAUCAUAGCUAACCAAACUAAAAAUGAGUUAUCAAAUUUUGAGCCAGGAAAUUCUGGAAGGGUCUUGUUUAGGAUAACUCCUUUUAAAUGUCUAACAAGAAUUUGUAGAUUUUUUUUUUAAAGGCUGUUGUUUUUUGUUUGUUUGUUUUUUGCAAUAUAAUUAGGGCAUAGAAAUUGUGAUAAUAGUAGUGUAAAUAUUCCCACUGUGGACAAUAUCUCUUGACAUGCUCUUACAUUAAAAAACAGGGACACAGACUAUUUCAUUGCAGUGGAUGUAUAUACAAAUUGUGUUUAAGUAGAAUUUUGCAGAGAAAAUAAGCAAACAUCAGUUGAAAGGUUCAAUUUGCUUUUUUUCCCUAUAUGUUUAUCCCUUCAUAUUUACAUGUACUGUUUCAUGCUAUUAAGCAGUAGGUGUCUUAUUGGAACCGUCUUAUUGGAAUUUAACUUUCUAAGUUAGUAAUAUGCUACGGGACCUCCUGGUAUGCCCUGUUCACUUAAAUUUUUCAGCUGAGUGAGUACAUAAACAAUUCUAAAAUCCCCCAGGCCCAGGCAGAAAACUCUGCUGACUCCAUGAGGUGCCACAACUGAAUGCUAUGUAUAAUUGAACUUUCACUUGUCCAACUUCAAGACCCUUUUUAAACCACUAAGAUAUUUGGCUGGCUGAUAUGAAAGAUUUACUCCUAAGAGUGAGACCCUGCCACCCAUACCCAUGUUGAGCAUGGCUCAAUCCUCACAGGGCUUCUCCACAGGAAUGCUGAAAGGACUCAGGGGAUGAAGAUAGCUUUCAUCAAGAUGGUACGGUCGGUAAAGUUAUAUGCUGAUACAAACCCUUAAUGUAGACAGGUCCUUCUCCUAUGAGUCUGAACUGACUACCUAGCUGAUAUGACAGCAAAUACACAUCAAAGAGUUUGACUCUUGUAGCUACAAAGAUGCAGAUUUUCCAAGUGAAACUGUAAUGAAACUGCUAUAAGGAUGCAAAGCCUCCUAACUAAUGUAUCUCAAGCAAGUUAAUAAUCAAAGUGGGAGCUUUAUGACAGAGUGCAGAAGAUAAACCACUGGUUGUGGAAUGUGUACUCGUCCCUCAAAACAGUAACUUAAGAGGGGUGGCUGCUAAAUGUUGGUGAGAAUUUGCAAGGAAGGUUUUGGUCAAGAAACCUAGCCUCUAGUGGUUGUAAAAUGUGAAGAAACUAAAUUAAUGUGUUUAACUCUUUUAAGUUGUUCACAAUAGUGUGCCUGUGAAUGUUCCAUGUUUGCUAGUUGUGCUGUGAUGGUGAGCUGCAAUCAGUAAAACAAGCCAUGUAACAUUUCUAAUUCAGCCCAGGAAGCAUGAAGAAGUGCGUCCUUCCCUGAUGUACAGACCCAAAGUUGAACUGCUCCUGCAGAGGGUUAAUUCUUCUGCAAUGAGAUUAUGGUAAUAUAGUCCUGUCUGGGCUCACAGAUUGUGCAGCACCAUCACCUAUAUGUAGACCUAUACAGAGGACAAUCUAUAUAAACACAGCUGGAGAUCUUAUUUGCGUUGGAGCCAGGAUUGAUUGCUUUCCACUCACAUUUAAAAUGUUCAUGCAGUUACAACUGCCUACUUGUAACAGUAAAUUUCCCAUGAAAAGGUUAACUCAUUCUUGUUUAGUCAGCACUGAUUCGAAUUUCAAUUACUAGGUAGAAUGUCAACUACUAUUCUUCAUCACUAACUACUGCUUAGAGUUGGGCUGGUAAAAAAGCACCAAGAAGCUCCAUUUUACCCACUCCCCAGCAAACCCUCAGGGGACUGCAAGGCUGAUUGCUUUCUGCCUGCCAUCAUGGGGACUGAAGACUUCUCUGGCUGUGAGCAAGGAUUUUGAUAGCCUUAGCCAGAGAUAGACAUAGUUUGAGAUUUGCAUGUUCUAUUGUUAUGAGAAGUGCUUAUUCUUCCUUUGGUUUCUGGGCUAUACUGUACAGCUAUGCUGUUAGUAUGGUACGCCAUUCAGAAACAGCAUAGCUGAACUGAGAUGGUUAGGAGCUGGUCUGUGGUUGUACCACAGCUGCUGUCUGGCUUGCUAAUGAGUGCACAUGAACUUCUGAGGCUGAAGAAGUGUUAUUUGCAUCCACUAUCCACAGGCUAGUAAGGUCCUGCUUGGAGUUACGUCUUCCUCCUUCUAAUUUAGCUCACCUUAAAAUAACAUAAAUGUGGCUUUAAACCUAAAAAAUUGGUACACAGAGCUUACAGGAACAAGUAGCGUGGAAGCCCAAACAGGACCUGAUUUUCACUUGGCAACAUUAUGUAGCAACACAGUCAAUCCAACAUAGUCCAACAAAAUUCAAUAUUAUUAGCAGGAGAAGGGGAGAAUCUGAUAAAGAUUCUCAAAGUAACUUGUGGUCUGUAAGACAAGAAGUGUUUCUGUGUCUCAUUUUUAUCUCUGCUCAUCUGACACGGCUUUACAUAACUCUAAUUUUUUUAACAGCUGAGCUACUUCUUAUCUGAAUACAAUAGAUUUUAAUUCUUAAGAGCAAGUUCAUGACUUGACAUUUGUGUUGGAACAUACCUGUAGAUAGUGACGUCUGCUUCUCAGAAGUGCAUCUACCAUGGCAGACUCAAACUUUAGGUACUUUUAGAAGUCCAGAUAUUAGUCAACUCUUCUUCAUCCUUUUACAGAUUUUUUUUCUCUAUGCCAUGGAAGGUUAUUCACACAGUAAGAGUAUGUAUAAUCUAUUAUUUAUUUAUGGUGGCACCUUGAUCGCACAUGUUGGUGCUGGACCUUUGCAAAGAAACUAGAGAGAAGAGCAUUUGGGUGUGAUCCAGAAUUUAAAUCUCGACUGCCCUUUAAACAGGGAAGAUGGCAAAACCAGUAGCCAUAUAAGGCACUGGGCUGUCUCCCAAAGUACACAGUGAGUAUUGGAGAAGGGCCUCGAAGAGACCAAAGUCUCUUUGGUCUGGAUUCAUGUCCUAACUUGAACUUUAGACCCAUAACAUACUAUAACCUUUGGGCCCCCUGUGUAGUAAGAAGAGUGAGAUGCUUUUGCAGUUAUUCCUCUCACUUGAUUUAGGUCCCUCUUGCUAGAUGAGAUACAUUUGAGCAUGUACUUCUCCAUGCAUGAGAAAGCACAAGCACCCUGGAAUUACCUUAUUUAAAAGCAAACCCAAAAAGCUGAAGAGUGUAGUUUGAAAAAAAAAAUGCAUUAUAUCUAGAGACGUGAUCGGCUAAAGAUUACAGCAUUAUUAUCAGGAGGGAUACUAGGUCGGGAUGUAUGAAACAAAUCAGAACCUCACAGCAAUUGUUCUUUUUUCAUUUGGUCUCCUUCAGAAACACUUUUCUAUUCCACUUCAAUAAAGGGUUUUGUUUUCCUCUUCAGCUAAUUUCCUUUCCUUAUUUCAUUAAUAUAUGUCUCCAUUGAUGUCCUCAGUAGCUUUUUUUCUCCAUUGAGAACCAGAAGACUGUCUGCUGUUAAACACAUGCACAAAAAGAUCUGAGCCACCCAAGGAGUUUACCUUUCUUUCUGAUGCACUGACAUUUAAAAGCUACAUCCUAUAACAAAGCAGAAAAACUGUGGCAGUCCGGUUACACACAGUUUUGGUGGAGUAAACACUUGAUUAUUCAACAAUGAGUCAUUUCUGCAGUAACCUCAUUCUGUCAUGACUGUAUCACAUCUGCUAACUCUCCAAAGCAAAAAUCAUAACCUAUACUGGUCUAAAACAUGAACACAGCCUCUUGGUUCAUACGUAACACUCUACUCAACCAAAGAAGCCAGGAGCUAUAAGUUUAGAAGGGCAAAGAACUUGUUCUCAAAGACAGAAAGUCAUAGAGAACAACAAAGAUAAUUAUGAAAAAAGCUUCCCUGUUCUUUAGCCCUUCUCACAGUGUCUGGCUUCUCCAUUAUUCUUCAAGUCCCCCUUUGUUCUCCUAUAAAGCUUUUGUGGUUUUUGGAGUAUACUGUGUUUGGAACCUACCAUACUUGGGGCUAUGGUUGUUCUGCUGUCCUCUGAGUUGACACCCUGCCUUCUGCCGUAUUGCUUUUGUUGACUCCAAUCAGUGCAGAGGUAGGCCUGAGUGGAGUAGAACCUCCUCUCCAUAAUGCCCUGCUGUCCUCAAACCAGCCUCCACUGGUGGAAUGAGAACACUGGAGGCAGAAUAUGGCUCCUGGAUCUUAAUUUUGUUCAAAAUGAUGUGAUACAAAAGAAGGCUUCUGACUGAUAGACAACAGUAUUUUUGCUACACUGUUUUCAAAUACCGGAAUUUUAAUUAAAUGUAUUUAACAUUUCUUGUAACAGUUUUGAUGGAAAAGAGAGGAAACAACAAAUAAGGCUCGUGUGAUGACAAGAUAGUAAAUUGGGAAAUGGUGUAAGUGAAAUAUAGCCAACGGUCAGUAAAUUCCUUUUUAUAAGUGGCUAUACCCAAGAGCACCUUUUGUGUGUUAAAACUAAGCAGUGCUAGCCUGUUGAAGUGCAUAUGGACUACUAGUUAAAAUGAACUAUGAUAGAUGAUAGUUGAAUUUACUUCCUUUCAUUUAUUUAUUGAAAACACAGGACAUAAAUGCAGGGAGGAUGAUGCAGUAUUUUUGCAGAGUGUGCCAUUUGGGAUAUACCGUCCAAAUACAUGCUGCUGUUGUCAGCUGCAGAAGUGGUUGAGGACUUCAGUCAAAUGAUGGCUCCAGUGUGCUUGGUGCAGUAAAGAUACAUACUGAAUGCGCACUCAGUUAUAUAGCACUUUGGUCUGCCAGUAAGGAAGUAAUUUUCACACAACAUGAUUACUCCACUUAUCCUUAUUCCACUCUAGUAUCUAUGCUUGCCUAACAAUAAAUGGUCUAAGGAGACGAUGGAAAAUUAUUUUGCUGAAUCCAUUACAUUCUUGUCAUGUACACACAUGGUGGUGGUCUGAGCUUUUGUAAUGAAAAGAGUUCAAAAGAAUUAAGGAGUCUCAAUAUUAUAAUCUAUCCUUUGAAAUUAGUUUCUCCGCCUGAUAAGCUAGAAGUUUGUUUAAAGUAAGAGCAAAUAAUGGCAGCUGCUGUUUCAUUUGUAAGAUCAGUGUUUGAGAUAGUGUAUAUAAUAAAGCCACGAAUUCAUAGAUGCACAAUGCAUAAUUGUUUUCAGAAGUUCAGUUAUUCAUAUUUAUAAUGUUGACCUGAAAGGCUGCAACAAUUUCUCCAUCAGUCAUAGCAGUGUUGGCUGGACGUGAUAAUUCAGUGGUCAGUGUGGCUACUGUGCUGCUAGCAAGCUACAGUGUACUAAAUAAUGCAACUUCAACCUUUCAUGAAACUUAAAGGGGAAAAGAAAUUCUGAAUAAAAGUAGAAAAGUAAACAAAAGGCCAUGGGUAUAGAGGUUUAACUUAAGUAUACCUGCUAAUUGCUUAAAUAAUAGAUAAAUCAUACAAAUAAUUGAAUAAUUAGCUUCCAAAGCCUAUUUAAUAAUGAAUUUAUUUUUUUUUCCACAUUAGAAAUGCUAAGUUCAAUCUAUGUUCCAUUUGCUUUUUCCCCAGAUUGGAAAUAAAAUGCUAAUGUAGCCAAGACAUACUCACAGGUCUGCACAAUAAAAUGUUAUGGAUAGCCCACCACUUGUCAUGAAAAACAUUAUUACUUUGUCUUGUCAAUGAAAAGUCCUCUCUCCCCCAACCACAUACAUGGUAAAAUAUUAGUCACAUUAUAUAUAUAUAUCAGCACUACUGAAAGAUUAGAAAUUAGUACCUCCUACUCAAGAUCAAGACUUAAAAACAUCCUUUGUCUGUUGCAAAAAUACAUUUUGAGGGGGAAACACCAACUGUUGUGGAGGUUCAACUUUUAUUUGACAACUCCUAUUCUUUUUUCCUCCCACUUUCCGAAAGAAGUGCGUAUAUACAUAGACAUUUGGCAUUUGGGUGAUAUGUUCUUUUUCCAAGUAUGAAAGAGAUGAAACACAGCCAGCAUCUACUGUGAGCAACCUUUAGUUUGUUUUGCAGCAUAAAAAGUUUUUUCAGUGGCAAUAUAUGUACUGUCAUUAUAAACUUGUUUCCGUCAUUGCAGGAAAUUAGUUUGUAGCCAGGUAGUAUUUUCCUUAAUGACCUAUGCUUGAACCUUAACACAUAAAAUAACCCUCUGGAGGUACUAUCUAAGCACUGUAGACUUAGAAAGGGCAAAUGGUUGAGUAUUUCAUGCUCUCUGGCCACAAGUGAACAGCAAAGCGUGGAAGGGAAUUCAACAUGUGCUUCGGCAUAUAAAGAAUUUCCAUUCCCUGUUUAAGACAACAAAAAAAAUCAUCAUUUGUCCUUACUAAAUCCAUGCCUGAUAUGAAAUCUGUGCCAUGUUCUAAUUCAGGAGAGGAAACGCCUUUCCUUUGAAUGGUAGAAAAAUUAGAUUGGAAAGAACCCCAGGGGUUUAUCUAGUCCAAUCUCGUGCUUGAAGUAGGGACACCUUUGAGGCUUGAUCAGGUUGCAUAGGGUUUAUAUUGAUGAGUUUUGAAAGUCUCCAACACUGGUGAUUCCACAGUAAUUCUGCCAUUGGAAAUAUUCUCUGCCCUACCGAGGCUGGUAAAAGUGCGGUAUGCACCUUCAUAAGUGUAUGUGGUCUGUGUUUUUGCCUUUUUUUUUUUUUGUGCACUGGUCUGAUUAGAGUCAAAUUCAGAUCUAGUGGGAGUAAGUGCAGCCCCCAUUUUUCAAAAAGCUUCCACUGACUGCAAGAACUUUUCUUCCUUUCUCGUUUACAUGAGACCUAGACAGAUCUGAUCAUGCUGAGGAUAUCAGUGCAUUCUCCCCUGUGAAGCUUGCUCCUCUUAACACUGAAGUUGAGGAUAGACAUAGGAUCAGACUCAGGACAUCUGGUAAAGUCUAGUUCUAUACUGAGGUCAGUGAUGAAAGCUAGACUGGCUACUAAGUUACUAGACAGGCACCAAAGAAAGAAGAUUUACUGAGAUUACUAUCUCUCCUAAUAAGUCACCUUAGCAAUGUCACCCCUCUUUCAAAUGCUGCUGGAAUGGCCAUGCAAAACAAAAAGCUUUCUACUACCUCUUUCCUUUAAAUUCUUCAAGCUCUACUUCUAAUAGGAAUAGCCAGAAAUAAGAUUUCAGUUGCCCUUUUAAAAACUGAACUCCAGCCCAAAUCUUUAAUUGCAUCAUUUUAAAGGCUACACAGUAGUGUUAAGCUACAUAGUAAUUAACUCAGAAAGUAUCUGAAAGUCUGUGCUGAGAACAGCAUCUCUCACCUUGUAGACUCAGCUAUACUGAACGAGAAAUUGUGGUUUGUGCCUCUACAGAAAACAUUCCAUUUGCAUCUUCUUAGAGCUACCUGGGGAGGAAAAAUAAUGUUGUGAAGACCAGGAAAUUUCUUAAAGUGCUUUACCUGGAGGUCAGUGGAAUCCCAUUUAGAAAUGAUGAAUGCAUGAAUUUUGAUGCUAAAAUUGUGAUGACUUACAAAGUUUGAUAUUACUGUACUUUUCUGUGGACAGUGACUUUUUUGAAGUGGUAAACAUAUUUUCCAAGAAUAUUGUAGGCAUUUGUAACAUGUAUGUUUGUGCCAAUAAAUCUUGUUUUAAGAAA